CGCUGGCCGGCGCCACGCUGGCUGGCCGAUACGUGAUGAUACGUUAGUCCGGCCGCCUAGAUACGCGAGUGCGAGCCGACUAAUAAAACAGCCAUGGGAGGUAGGGCAGACACAGACGCGCUCUUGAGACUCGGCAGACGACAGGUGGGAAGCAGAGGAUUGAACGACUUAAGCGGUGCUGCCUCCCAGUCAGCUAGACUGAAACGCCGAGUUUUCGUUUGCGCUCAGCCUGCCGGAGUGUGUGCUGCUGAAGAAGUGUCCCCGGGUGAUCAGCGAUGGGUCUGCUGCUGUCGCGUGUCCUCGAGUCGCUGGACGGUCUGGUGCGCACCCGUCAGCCGGUGCGGAUCCUGCUGCUGGGUCUGGACGCUGCCGGCAAGACCACCAUCCUGCACCGGCUGAAGCUGGGUGAGGUGGUCACCACCAUCCCCACCAUCGGCUUCAACGUGGAGACCAUCGAAUACCGCAACAUCAGCUUUACUGUCUGGGACGUCGGCGGUCAGAAGAUCCUGCGGCCGCUGUGGCAUCACUACUUCAGUAACGCCAAGGGCCUCAUCUACGUGGUGGACUCGCUGGACAGGGAGCGCGUUCAGGAGGCGGCCGACGAGCUCGCUGACAUGCUGCAACACGACGAGCUGCGGCACAUCCCGGUGGUGAUCAUGGCCAACAAGCAGGACAUGCCGAGGGUGAUGACACCGAGCGAGGUCACCGAACGACUGGGCAUGUUCAAACUGACCGGCCGCCCGUGGCACGUGCAGGCCACGUCGGCCACGCAGGGCGAGGGGCUGUACGAAGCCCUCGACUGGCUGUCCCGGGAGAUCUCCCAGUCCCGACAGUACUAAUCGCCUAUAAAGGGAGAUCGCCCAGUCUCGACGGUGCUCGAGUCGCCUUGAGGCGGUUCAUGCGACUCGGCGCGGACCGCCUUGAGCGCUGACCAGUGAUCACAGCGCACAGCGGUUAUUAUAGAAGGCAAGCGGAAGGGAAGUCAUGCACCAUUCUGAGUCACGGUUUGAGCAGGCUGCUGCUCAGCGCCUAGCGUGUGAAGACACCCGGAUGCCUUAUAUCUUUACACUUUGCUCUCAUUGCACACAAAUAAAUUGUGAUUGCGGGGUCAGAUAUGUUCAUCAGUCAGGGCCGAGAAUUGAAGGUUUAAGUUUCUAUAUCAAUGAAUCGGUACUUUCUGUUCGCCAUCUGUCCAAUCGCAGGUGUUUUGAAUGCUGUUCUAGUCCCUGUACAGACGUUGUUGUAAUAUGUGCAAGCCGCUUGUUUUCAUCCUAAUGCCUAAGAGCUUUCGUUGUGUAUGAGUCCUGAACAUGUUGACUUCAAUGUUUGGGCCAUGAAUAAUACUGGAUUGUUAUACAUGCCUAA